UUCAAUUUAUUUUCACCAAUUAGCCCAGAAAAGGAUUCAUAUUUCCAAUCAUUUCUGUACAAAAUAUAGCUCAAUCCAUUCUAUCCAUUUGCUCCCAACUCCCAAUUUCCGUGUCAUAUAUUCAUAAAUCAUGAUGGCUACAGCAUCAACAAUGGCUACCUCCGUUUUCUCUUUCAGCUUGAAAAAUACACUUACCCCACACCAAAGAUUCCGUCCAGGUACAGUUCACCUCACACCUUUCGCCGCGAAAACCGCCUCGUCUCUCACACUCAGCUCGUCGAGCUCCAUUCCCGGAAUUCGCGCCCUCGUUCUCGCCGGCAAAAACCUAACCCCCAAUCGUCGGAAUUCACAGCCGCUGACAGUUGUUUGCGCCAAAGGCUACAAAAUGAAGACUCACAAGGCUUCGGCGAAGAGGUUUCGGGUAACCGGUAGUGGGAAGAUAAUGAGGAGAAGAGCAGGGAAGCAGCAUUUGCUCAGAAAGAAGAACACUAAGAGGAGAGUCAGACUCUCUAAAAUGUUGCAAGUGGAUCGAAGUGACUACAACAACGUGAUUGGUGCAUUGCCGUAUCUGAAAGUAAACCGGUCGAACUAAAACUUCCGAUUCGUUCACCAUUUGCAACUAACAUGUAAAAGCUUGCUGUUUCAUACUUGUUAAGGUAGUUUGUAUUCUAAUUCCUGAUUCAUGUUCUUUUAUCUUGUGUUACCUUACAUUUUGCCCUCAACUGUAACAAGCACUACUUUCGAGACUGCUUCUGCUUGAAUACUUUUUAUGAAGGUUUUGUUUUGUACAAGGUUUUGUUC